CAACUGCCCAACGUUUAUAUUUGUCGGCGUAGGACUCUAAAGUACGGCGAUGUGUGAAUUGCUGAUAGUUAUUUAAUAAAUAAUUUUUGUAAAAUAUUUCAAUUAAAUUUAAAACAAAAUGUCUAUUGCAAAACGUGUGCAGCAAUGGGCUACAUUCGCCAGAACAUGGCAUAUCUAUGAUUGCACCUGGCAAAAUCCAUUUGAUUCAGCUAAAUUGAUUUCCAGACACUUGCAAGGCCAACAAAAACCUAUCUACCAUCCAAUGAAUGAUUGCGGUGAUCAUGUAGUUGUUAUUAAUACAAAGGAAAUCGCAUUACCUGGUGAUGAAUGGGUGAAACGUGUAUACUUCCAUCACACUGGUUAUCCUGGAGGUGCCAGUUGGACUCUCGCUUGGCAAUUACAUGAUAAAGAUCCCACUAUGGUAAUGCACAAAGCGGUCUAUAAUUCAAUGAAAGGCAAUCUUCAACGUCGUCACACAAUGCAGAGGCUUCAUUUAUUUGCCGAUGAUAAUGUUCCUGAGGAAAUUUUAGCAAAUGUAACGAAUCAAAUUAGAACACCACGUGAAGUACCACAGCGAUUAGAUCACAUAGACAAGGAAACCUUGGAAAACUUCCCUUCAAUUAUGGAUUAUCCAAAAGAUUAUAUUUUACGUUAAACUUUAAUAAAUUCGUUGAAAAGUGUUUUGUUAAAUCAAA